AUGUGGAGCUGGUUUGGUGGUUCUUCCGCCCAGAACCGCAAAGACUCGCCCAAGAAUGCCAUCCUCAACCUCCGCUCGCAGCUCGAUAUGCUGCAGAAGCGAGAGAAACACUUGCAGAGCCAAAUAGAGGAACAGCAGAAUAUCGCGCGCAAGAACGCAACUACAAACAAGAACGCGGCCAAGGCAGCCCUGCGGCGCAAGAAGGCGAACGAGCAUACUCUGGAGCAGACCCUGGCGCAAAUAGGGACUCUGGAUACACAGAUCAACGCAAUAGAGUCGGCCAACAUCAACCAUGAGACUUUGCUGGCGAUGCAGCAGGCAGGCAAAGCCAUGGCGAAUAUUCAUGGCAAGCUUACACCGGAAAAGGUGGACCAGACAAUGGACGAACUUCGAGAGCAAAACGCACUCAGCGAGGAGAUUGUCAACGCAAUCACAUCGAAUCCUAUUGGCGAGGUCAUCGACGACGACGAACUCGAGGCGGAGUUGGACGAGCUUCAACAGGAGAAGCUGGACGAGGAUAUCCUCAAGACGGGAAGUGUACCCGUUGCCGAUAUCGUGCACAAGAUGCCUUCGGUGGCAAACCAGGAGCCCGUCUCAAACAGAGCCCAGGCCGUCGAGGAGGACGACGAAGAGGCCGAGCUGAGGAAGCUUCAGGCGGAAAUGGCCAUAAUGUUCCGUCUCGGACUCCUACUACUGUCACUCCUUUCCACCAUUUUCGCUGUAGAUACUUCCCGACGAACAUCUAAUCUCACCGCCGAGCUUGCCUGCGUGGUGCCCGCCUGCGCGGAAGACUGCUUCAUUUCCUUUCUCGACGCAAAUUAUGGACUUGUACGGGGUAAAGGGAUCCCGUCCCUCGAGGAAUUGUGCUCCACGGAUGGGGACACGGGGUUUACUGUCGGUGAGGGCGCGGUGCAGUGUAUUGCUGCGGAACAGAGGCUGGGAGCGUGUCCUGAGAAAGAUGCCGGUUCGGUGAUAUCCAAGGCCUACCGAAUGUGUAGUAACCAGCCCAAUGCGAUACAACCCACUCACGGCGUCAUCACGGCUACAUUGGUGGUGCCGCCUUCAGGAGGCGGACCAAUUUCAUAUCCGCGGCCCUCGAGGACUCGCAGCAGGUCGUUUACAAGGACUGGUCUUCCGUCGACAUUGGUUAUUGACACGCAUACCCCUACGGUGACUACAUCCGGUCUAGACACUACGCUUAGGACGUCAGUUGUGAGCACCACCACACAAGCUGCCGAGACGAGUACCGCCACGGGAGAACCAGCCGCCGCUUCUAGUUCUACCGGUCUUACUCCUGUUCAGAAGGCGGGUAUUUCAGUGGGAGUGAUUGGAUUUGCGGCCGUGGCGGUCGGCUUCUUGCUGCUGUUCAGGUUAUAUCGGGCGAAGAAGAAGCAUGGCCGUCAUACACCCCUAUCAAGUACGCCGCCGAGGCGAGAUUCCUGGGGCUACAGAUUCGAUAAGAGCCGCGGCGGGGAUAGCACUGAGCCAUCCUGCGGUGACGGCAGCAACGGCCGUAGGAACAGCAGCGGAAUACGAAGCACAGCCGGACGAACACCACCACCUCCAGCAGCUACAAAAUCUCCCAUCUCAAGAGCAUAUAACCGUGCGAGUUGGCGACCCAGCCUCAUCGGCCUCGCAAUAUCACCAUCGCACUCCAAACACACAACUCAAGCUACAACGACGCCCACACCAAGACCGAUAUCAAAACUCCUUCCUGCGAAACCAAUCCUCGCUCUGGCUAUUCCCAACAAGCCACCCUCACCACCGGCAAAACAUACUCCUCCCACGGGAACAUCGUCGGGGAGUCAGAUGGACACUCCCUCGCCGGAGUACACACGGAUAUCAUCUCAACCGCCUGUUCUACCGAAGCUACAGAUUCCACAGAGAGAUGACUUCCUGCACGUUGCCAAAACGACGAACAAGCCGCGUGAGAGUACAAUGACGGAAUUCGAGGAAGACGGACACGAAUCAUCCUUCAUCUCACCAGAGGGUCAGACCUGGGGCCUUGUCUCUGCAGAACCGCAGUCCACGACAGCGUAUUUCGUCACCAACAAGUACUCGAACUGGACGACCAACGGGCCCAAGCGACUUUCGCAGACUGCCGAACUGGAGGGCACAACACCAACGCCCCUGAGCGCACACCCAAGGUUAGCGACGAGCGUGACAAUCCUCCCCGUCAUGAAUAGCAGUCGUGCAAAACAACCAGCGGCCACAAUCCCCGACAAACGACCCUCCCACCGCCGCUCAUCAUCUGCGCCUAUUCCCCCACCGCCAAAUCACCAGUCCAUACGAGUCGUGACCGAACCAUCCUUCAGAUUCUCCGAUGCGCAGCAGGACGCCAUCCCAAGGCCCUUGUUCUCCAGCCCCCCAAGUAACCCCCAAAACAUGUUUGUAAAAGGUUCCUCCGGCCGAAACCUGACUCGACCCCGUGCCCCCUCCGCAGACAGCGGCAUCACCACCAUAAGCACGUCGUCCGAAGACGACAACCCGCUACAACCACCGGGAACAACACAAGUCAACCUCUCCCCCGUGGCGGAGUCCCCCCGCUCAGGAAACGGACGAUCACCCGUGUCGUAUCCCAAGAUUCCGGGGAGAGAAAACGGUCCCACCGGUAAACCUAGGUUGGUGCCGCCGCCGAGGAUGCCCAUUCUAUACAAGUCGGCUCAUCAUAGGACUGCAUCGGGUGGCAUAGCUAGCAGUGCGGCCAUGCCCACGCUCGGAAGUCUGUCGAAGCAGGCGGCGAAUACAAUGGAGACGGAGAGCAUAGCCGUCAGUGCUGUGAGCGCUUCCGUGCCGGCUAUCAGGCCGAUUAUUCCUACUACCAUGGUCACUGCGGCUUCUCCUCACCACUCGGUGAUUAUGUCGCGGCAGAAGACGGUUCAGGAUCCGAGUCUCCUGCGGACGGGGUCUCCGACGAUGAGGAUUGUUGAACCGUCUCCUGAGCCUGAGGAUGAUAGGGCUGCGCUUCCUUCUGCUCGGCCGCGUAGUAUGCUUAGACAGCAGAUACAAAGACGACAGACGCAGCUGCAGCCUUCUCCGUUGGUGGUUCCUCAGCAAGGGAGGCGGCUAGAGUUGGUGAACUCGCAUGUAUCUGAGCAACAUAGUCUAGCCAUACAGCCGUCUGAGCAGCCGCAGCGACUGGAGAUUCAAUCUCAAGCGCAGAUUCCGGGGGUUGUACGUGAGCAGCCGGCCAAUCUCAACCCCAGACUCAACCUCAGAAGGAUGUUCGUUCAGAACAGCAGGCUUACCCUCGACCUCAUAAAGACGCCCCUCAGCAGCAAGCUUUGUCUCAAAAUCAAGAUCAACGUCAGCUUCAAACCCAACCCCAGAGAGACCAUCAUCCACAGCAACAUCAAAAGCAGCAAGCUCAACAUCACGCACAACUUCAACAGGGCGCACGUCCACAACUGCAACAACUUCAACCCCAAACUGAAACUCACGCUCAACCUCGAGAGGUUCACGCACAACAGCAUCAGCAAGUUCAAUCCCAGCAUCAGGCUCAACCUCAGGAAGCACCACGCCCACCAGAGCACCAAAUCGACUCUCAAACCCAAAGCCAGUCUCAACCAAAAACCCAACCUCAUGACGCUCAUCCAAACCCUCAACCACAACCACAACUUCAAACCCAACCCGAGAAAGAACUCGUCCCCCAACCUCAAAGAAUCACACAACAACCACAAACUCACACUCAAAGACCAGAACCACCGCCCUGGAUCCCCGGCCUCCCAGCACACCCACACCCCCGUCGCCCUCAACACACAUCAACGCUCUGGCUCCCCCCUCAAGCCCGAAAGAACAAACAAAAGCACAAAACCAUGGAAACAGAACCAGACCACCACUCCCACUCACCAAUGCGUCCACAACGCCAACCUCACCCUCAAAUCCCCCAAAGACAAGCACCACUAUCCCCCGUUCUACCAGCAACAGCAACAACAACAGCAGCAAGUACAGCAAGCACAGUACCAGCAACCACCGUUGCCGCCUGCGUCCCUCAUCGCCAAACGCCUCGGCCACGAUCGGGCUGUCAACAUGUCCAUAUCCACCGACCACUCUUCCUCCUCAGGCACGAAUAACUGGCAUCGAGGGAGCGGCGGGCCAAUGUACUUGUCUCCAGAGGUUGUUACUCCACGGGGAUAUCCGGGGGAUUUACCAUCUACGCCGACGUGGGUGCCGAGACUGACUCCCACGAGGCGUGGUGCGGAUUUGUACCUCAAUGUUCAGUAG